CCGCGCGUUACUUCCAACAUGGCGGCGCCCCACGCCGUGGACGGUGUGGAGGGAGGCACCGGUGAAACCGGGCUGACUCUGUCAGAUUCAUCCACCGGCGAUGUGAAGAGACCUCAGUUCGGGACACGUUUCCUUACAGACCCACGGCAGGUCUUCCAGCACAACGCAUGGGACAAUGUGGAGUGGACCGAUGAGCAAGAAGCAGCUGCUAAGAAGAAAGUCUUAGAACACAGUCAGCCACUACCUCCAGAAAAACAAGAGGAGUACAACAGCCGGGCCAACGAAUACUGGAAUGAGUUUUACACAAUCCACGAGAAUCGUUUCUUCAAAGACCGUCACUGGCUCUUCACAGAGUUCCCAGAGUUGGCCCCACAGUGCAGCCUGAACCAUGAAUCUCACCCUGAUGCCUCUGGUACAGAAGAAAGUCAAGAACAAAGCAGGGAGCAUGCCACGUAUCGCAUUCUGGAGGUUGGCUGUGGUGUGGGAAACACAGUUUUUCCAAUACUAAAGACCAACAAUGAUCCAGGACUGUUUGUUUACUGCUGUGACUUCUCCAGCACUGCUGUGGAGUUAGUCAAGAGUCAUCCAGAGUAUGACCCAGGGCGGUGUUACGCCUUUGUUCAUGACUUGAGCGAUGUAGAAGCCAAUUACCCCUCCCUGAUGAAACCCUUGUAUGUUAUAGUGCUAAUCUUUGUUCUAUCAGCACUGCAUCCCAAGAAGAUGCAAGCAUCGAUCAGUAGGCUGGCACGCCUGCUGAAGCCUGGUGGAGUGAUGCUGCUCAGGGACUAUGGACGCUACGAUAUGGCACAACUCCGCUUCAAGAAAGGAAGGUGCCUGUCAGAAAACUUUUAUGUACGAGGGGAUGGAACGCAAGUAUAUUUUUUUACUCAAGAUGAGCUCCAUGAGCUGUUCACUGAGGCUAAGCUGGAGAAGGUGCAGAACCUUGUGGACAGAAGGCUGCAGGUGAACAGAGGAAAGCAGCUCACCAUGUACAGGGUAUGGAUCCAGUGCAAGUACCGAAAGGCUCCGGUUCAGCCACCUGAGACGAAAGGCUGUGACAGAGGGGAGAACCCACCUGGCUUGAACGUCAACUACAGCUGAAACUACGAAGUCAAGUGAAGGUGGUCCUAGCUUUUUCUUGGGGAUUUCUGGAACUGGGAAGCUUUGUGAUGAAUGGAAUGUAACACAGUAUUUACAUACUGAAAGGUUUUACUCCAUCCCAGCUGCCAAAAUGCAGACAGACUCUUUUUGCAUAGUUUUUCUGAUGGUUCAGUAAUCCUAGCUACAAGAGUGAUGCCUUGUCACUUUCUUAUUGAAGCUUGUUUCUGCCACUGAAAAAAAUAAAAUAAAUAAAUACCAGGCAGAGUUGGCUGAGUCAAAAUUUCAGGUUAUUCUCAAAAUUUUGAGUGAGUUUCUAGAAAUUUUGACGUAAUAAUUUGAAAUCUUGAGAUACUAACCCAAAAUUUUGACUUGGGCACAGCAUUUUUUUUUCAGUUAUGAAAACGAACUUCCAUACUUUCUGCUGAUCAGUUCUGUAAUCUAAGAAAGGGCUGGUAACCCCUGUAUGUUUCACUUCUGAUACAGACUGUUUUUGAUGUUUUGAAAUAAAUUGCAUGAUUUUUAAGAAAACUUGU